AUGUUGCGGGCUAAAGUAUUGCCGGAAGUCUUAGGCCAGAUCGUGGGCGAUGGGAUCAAUGCAUGCAUGCUGGUGACGCUUGAGGGUGCACUUGUUGGAUCUGUCGGCGGAGGAGAGGAUGUGGACCACAAGGUCGUGGGAGCAAUCGCUACUCAUACAUGGGGCGAAUACCUGCACGCUGGGAAAGAGGCCUACCCUUCCGGAAAUCUUCAUACAAUGCUCGUUGAGCUAGAGCAUGGACGUCUGGCAAUGACUGUCGCAAGCAAGAAAUUCUUACUUUGUGCCUACUCAAGCAUCGACAUACCAAUUGGAUUGCUUAAAGCUAAGGUGGAAACGCUAGGGGCAUAUCUGUCGGCAUCGCUUGGUCAAAUUGAACUGUAA